AUGUAUGUGUCGGUUAAUAUUGUAGCCUUCGGGAAUGAAAGAGACAGCUUUUCUGAGGACAAUCAGCAGCCAAGCCUGAUCUGGAGCUAUCUCAGGAGGAGUGCUCUCGUUUCCCGGAUUGACAGCAGUUUGUCUGCCAGUCACGUUGGAAACCCAGUUUUUACCGAAUAUCAAGCCUGCGUGUUUGGAAAUGUCAGGCUGGUGGUACAUGACUGUCCUGUCUGGGAUAUAUUUGACAGUGACUGGUACACAUCUCGCAGUCUCAUUGGAGGAGCUGAUAUUAUUGUGAUUAAAUACUCUGUCAAUGACAAGACUUCAUUCCAAGAACUAAAGGACGGUUAUGUACCAAUGAUAAAAAAGGCCUCAAACCACUGCUCAGUUCCAGUGAUAAUUUCUGCUAUUGGUGCACGAAAAACUGGAGUGUCUUGCACCUGCCCCCUGUGCACUUCGGACAGGAGGAGCUGUGUCACCACCUCCGAGGGAGUUCAGCUUGCCAAGGAACUGGGAGCCACUUACCUCGAACUGCACGCUCUUAAUGACUUCUACGUACAGAAGUACUUUGGAGGAGUGCUGGAAUAUUUUAUGAUCCAAACUUUGAAUCAGAAGUCAUCAGAAAAAAUGAAGAAAAGGAAAAAGACGCAGAAGUGCCAUCGAGUUCAACCACCUCAGCUUGAACAGCCAGAAAAAAUGCCGAUCUUAAAGGGCGAAGCCUCGCACUACGACGCGGACCUGCACAACCUGCUCUGCUGCUGCCAGUGCGCGGACGUGGCGUUCUACCCCGAAGACCUCAGCACGGUGGUGGAGGCUCACAAGAUCAUCCUCUGCUCCGUCAGCCACCUCUUCAUGCUGCUCUUCGAGGUGAAGACCCCCGCCGACAUCCGCGACGCCUCCAUCGUGCGGACGGCGCGGAGCCUCUUCGCCGUGGAGGCGGGGGACCCCUCACCCCCAGCCCCCCGUGGCAUCCCACCCUGCGUCCCGCCGGUGAGGGUGGUGGUGAAGGACUCUGUCUUCUGCUCUUGUCUCCCAGACAUCCUCCACUUCAUUUAUUCAGGUGCUUUCCAGUGGGAACGAUUAGAAGAGGAUAUAAAAAAGAAGUUGAAGGAUCCAGAAAAAACUGAACAUGUGCUUGAGAAAGUUAAAUGUAUCCUGAAAACUCCAGGGAAGGUAAGCACUGUAAAGGACUGCAGAUCUCACCAGAUAAAACGGCUGUAUAAUACUUCUCUCAGGCUGUUCUUUAAUACGCCUGUCCUAGCUGAUGUCAUCUUCAAAAUACAAGGUGCAACUGUACCAGCCCACAGAGCAGUUCUGGUAGCUCGCUGUGAGGUAAUGGCAGCUAUGUUUAAUGGUAAUUAUCUAGAAGCAAAUAGUGUUCUGGUUCCAGUGUAUGGGGUUUCCAAAGACACUUUCCUCUCCUUUCUAGAGUACCUUUAUACCGACUCCUGCUGCCCAGCCAGUAUUCUGCAAGCUAUGUCUCUCUUGAUCUGUGCAGAGAUGUACCAAGUAAUGAGACUCCAGCAUAUUUGUGAGCUUUACAUUAUCACGCAGCUGCAGAGCAUGCCUAGCCGCGAACUGGCAUCCACAAGUCUCAGUAUUGUUAGCUUGCUCAAAAAAGCCAAGUUUCACAAUUCUGAUUGCCUUUCGACUUGGCUGCUUCAUUUCAUUGCCACGAACUACCUCAUCUUCAGUCAAAAGCCUGAAUUUCAAGAUCUUUCAGUGGAGGAGCGCAAUUUUGUAGAGAUGCACAGAUGGCCUUCCAAUUUGUACCUGAAGCAGCUUGCUGAUUACAGGAACUAUGUCCACUCUCAGAAAUGCCAUUGCACAGUAAUGUAAGAAGACUGAACAUGCACAGAGCUCAUCUCGACUGGAAAAUCUCAGACUGGGAAUUAGACGGAGUAUAAAAAUCAUGUAAAGAGCAAAACCAGAUACUGAUCUCCCCUGGAACGCUGUAUGUCAUGCUGUAGUGCACUUACUAACAUUCCUUGCUUUGAUAAUAAAUCACUCUACUUUUUUUUGCUUGAAGCAUUGGGAAAUGUAUCAUGAAGAUUUCUUUCAAGCACAAGGAUUUCACACCUAUGGGG